AUGAAAAGUUUUGGGACUAACAUCUCAAGCAUUACCAGCUUCACACUAACAGCCUUCCCAGAGAUGGAGGGCCUGGAGCACUGGUUAACUGCCUGCAUCUUGCUGCUUUAUGCUAUCUCUGUCCUGGGCAACAUUCUAAUUCUCUUCAUCAUAAAGGAGGAGCAGAGCUUGCACCAGCCAAUGUACUACUUCCUGUCUCUGUUAUCUGUCAAUGACUUGGGUGUGUCCUUUUCUACAUUGCCCACUGUACUGGCUGUCUUGUGCUUCCAUGCCCCAGAGAUUGCCUUUGAUGCCUGCCUGACCCAGAUGUUCUUCAUCCACUUUUUUUCCUGGACAGAGUCUGGGAUCCUGCUGGCUAUGAGUUUUGACCGGUAUGUGGCCAUCUGUAACCCCUUGCGUUAUUCAUCGGUGCUCACUGAUAUCCGUGUGGUUCACAUGGGCCUAUCCAUCAUCAUCCGCAGCUUCUGCAUGGUCUUCCCACUGCCUUUUCUUCUGAGGAGGCUGCCGUUCUGUGAGGCCAACAUGCUGACCCAUUCCUACUGCUUGCACCCAGACCUCAUCCGCUUGCCUUGUGGAGAUACCACCAUCAAUAGCAUGUAUGGCCUGUUCAUUGUCAUCUCUGCCUUUGGUGUAGACUCAGUGCUCAUUGUUCUCUCCUACGUUCUCAUACUGCACUCUGUGUUGGCCAUUGUCCGGGAAGAAAGGCUUAAGACACUCAACACUUGUGUGUCACACAUCUGUGCUGUGCUUAUCUUUUAUGUGCCCAUGGUUAGUGUGUCCAUGAUUCACCGAUUUGGGAAACACUCCUCUGAGCUUGUGCACAAGUUCAUGUCCCUGGUUUAUCUCUUUGUGCCUCCAAUGCUCAACCCAAUUAUUUAUUCCAUUAAGACUAAGGAGAUUCGUAAGAGGUUACGUAAAAUGUUAUUGGGAUCUAAGCUGUGA